UCUGUGACACAUAGAUGCAACAUAUGCGAAUUAUAGCUUUUAUUCGUGACAUUUUGAUAGAAUUUAACAUUUCUGUUUGAUGUUUGAUGUAGGCAAAGUAAAUGAUGGCCUUUGCGGACUUUAUUUGUUCUUUAUUUAAAUGCAGGAAAAGCGGAUGGUUGUCUUUGUGGAAGCCUCUGUUCUGGAGGACCCAGCUCUCGCCAGAGAUCCUAGGUUUCAAAGCGUUCGGGAUAGAUUACAAACCUUUAGGGAUGGCACAGAUGACUUGCAGGAUAAAAUUGAUUUUAUCGUCUGCUUGGGAGGCGACGGCACACUUCUUUAUGCCAGUCUGCUGUUCCAACAGUCAGUACCACCUGUAAUGGCAUUUCACCUUGGUUCCUUAGGAUUUCUCACACCCUUCGAAUUUGAUAAUUUUCAGGAGCAAGUGACCAAUGUUCUCGAAGGUAAUGCGGCCUUAACUUUAAGGAGUCGUCUUAGAUGCGUCAUUAUACGGAAGAAUGAAGACAGUCAGCUGGCAGAACCGCCGACGAGUCUCUUGGUAUUGAAUGAGGUUGUAGUGGAUCGAGGGCCCUCACCUUACCUUUCGAAUAUCGACCUAUUCAUUGACGGCAAGCACGUCACGAGCGUCCAGGGUGACGGCUUGAUCGUGAGCACGCCGACCGGGUCGACCGCUUAUGCAGUCGCCGCUGGGGCCAGUAUGAUUCAUCCUUCAGUUCCUGCCAUUAUGAUCACGCCUAUCUGCCCUCACUCUCUGUCCUUCAGGCCGAUUGUCGUACCUGCCGGGGUCGAGCUC